AUUAGUAUAGCAAAUUGUACAAGUCAGUCCAAGUCUUUAGAAUCUGAUGCAAUAGACAUCGUGGAUCAAGCUUUUUAGUUAAAAAUAUAAAACUCAAUAAGUUUAUUAAUCAUCAAAGUAUUUGAUUCCAAAUCUUAGUAAAUAUGGAAGAAGAAGAUUCGAUAUUUGAUCCUACUCUCAAGAAAAAAAAGAAGAAGAAGAAGACUACCUUCGAUUUGGAUGCUGCUAGCGGAGAAGCUGGUAGUGGCAAUGAAGCUAACGAGGGUGUUACCGAUAAGGAAAACCAAGAACCGGAGCAACAGUUGCCCGAGGAUGAUGAUGCCUUGGAUUUGGAAAAUUUCGGAAAGAAAAAAAAGAAAAAGAAGAAAACUUUUAAUUUAGACGAUGGAGAUAAUGCAGUGUCUGAUAAUAAGAAAGAAGAUGCAACGGAAUCAAGGACCGAAGAGGUAGCAGCUGAUGAUAACCUUGAUUUGGAUAUGGACUUUUCCAAAACGAAAAAGAAAAAAAAGAGUAAAAAAAAAGAUUUCGAUGAAUUGAUAGCAAAAGAAGACAAAAAGGAUAAUGAUGAAAAAGAUAAUGGCUGCACUCAUUCUGAGCAAAGUGCAGAGUAUGUGGAGGAUACAAGUCUAUGGGUAGGAUCGGAUAGAGAUUAUACUUAUGAUGAAUUAUUACUACGAGUUUUCAAUAUCAUGCGUGAGAAAAAUCCUGAUAUGGUUGCUGGUAAAAAACAGAAAUUCGUUAUGAGACCACCACAAGUUGUACGUAUUGGUACGAAAAAAUCAUCGUUCGCAAACUUUACUGAGAUUUGUAAAACUCUGCAUCGACAACCGAAACAUUUGUUAGACUUUUUGUUAGCUGAAUUGGGAACAAGUGGUUCUGUUGACGGUAAUAGUCAGCUCAUUAUUAAAGGAAGAUUUCAACAGAAACAAAUUGAGAAUGUUUUACGUAGAUACAUUAAAGAGUAUGUAACAUGUCAUACUUGUCGUUCGCCUGAUACAAUUUUACAGAAAGAUACGAGACUUUUCUUCUUGCAAUGUGAAACUUGUGGAUCAAGAUGUUCUGUAGCCAGCAUCAAAUCUGGUUUCCAGGCUGUUACUGGUAAACGAGCUGCCAUUCGAGCUAAAACAGCUUAAGAAGCUUGCAAUAAUUUGUAUGUUAUACAAUUAAUUGAAGAAAUAAAUCCAAGUCUCUGCUAAAAAUCGUAUUGUAUCAGUAAAUAAAUUUUUCAAUUUUACCGAA